GAGUUUAGUGUUCAAUCAGCUUUUGAUGCGUGAGGUUGUCGUCAUGUCGACGGAGGAUUCUUUGGUUGAAAUUCCACGCAGCGAUUGGACGAAGCUGCGAGAUUUGUAUGUCCACAGAGAAACGGAUCCCCAAGGCUAUCUGUGUAUUAAUAAUUUUAUCAAUUGGGUUGAGAUAGAUCCGGAACUGAAAGUCAGUUUCCUAUCGUUGAAUGGCGAUUGGCAGAGCGAUGGCACCUUUCUUCUAACCUUGAGUUCGGACACUCAUGCUAACCACCUUUACCUUAACACUCUGAGCGACAAUUUUGAUCGAGUGACGAAAGCGGUAGAAUGCCUAAAGUCCUUUGGGAAGGGAUACGUUUUCUUCGGGUUUGGUUCCCGAUUGAAGCCUGUGGUAGAGCACAUUGGCAGCCUAAUUUGCAACAAUAAGGAGCCGCACUUUGUGGAGACCGUUUGGUACACUGCCAGCAAAGAACUAGUAGAUUCAUUUACUAUUCAGAUACCGACGGGCUUAACUCUACUGAACUUGACCCUCGAAGAUGCCGAAACUAUCAAUGAAAACUGGCCACAUCGAGCACCUGGCUCCAUAGAGUUUGUGAGAAGUUUAAUUAAGUAUAAUAUUAACUUGGGAGCUUAUGACGACAACGGAAAGUUGGUUGCUUGGUGUCUGCGAUUGCCGAUUGGAUCGUUGGGUCUGCUGCAGGUCCUGGACUCACAUAAACGGCUCGGCUUGGGCAGCUUGAUGGUGAAGUCCAUGGCCAAGAAGAUCUCAGCAGCGGGCGACCAAGUUUUGGCCCCAGUAGUGACGAAGAACACCGCCUCGAGGAGCAUGUUCGAGAAACUUGGUUUCCGUGCUAUAGACACCACAUAUUGGGCUCACUAGCAACUUAAAAAGCAAGACCAUUUGAGAAUUAACCAAAAAAGACCACAA